AUGUCGCUGUGGUAUCCGCCCCCUCUAGGUGGCAGUCUGCAAGCAAACCCCUUGACAACGCAGGUGGACAACGAACUCAACUUUCCCAUCGGAUGCUGUGAUUCUGACGGCAGGCCAACACUACCCUCUCCUGGAGACUGUCGUGGCCAUCUCAAUCUUCUGAACACAGAAGAAGGCCGUCCGCAGGUAACAUGGGAACCAGGCCAGGACGCAUACUUCCAGCUGUCUGACUACACGUACACCGCUGAUGCUCCAGGAUCAACGCACUAUGGCGGAAGCUGCCAGAUCGGCUUCUCUGUGGACAGAGGCCAGACCUGGAAAGUCGCAGCUUCGUACCAUGGGAACUGCCCCCACCGACAAGAGAACGAUCCCCAGGUCUUCCACUUCAAGGUUCCUCUGAACAUGCCAAGCGGGCCAGCUGUCUUUGCUUGGAUCUGGCUGAAUCGAGAGCACGAGUCUUUUAUGAACUGUGCCUCAGUCUAG